GUCAAGGCCAUACUUACUGUCUGCAAGGGCACUGGUCAGGAUCUUUCCUUAAGAGAGACUACAAAACAUGAAACCGAAUCUAUAAAAGUAACCCAGUAAAUGAUCACGCAAUCAACCCUCCUAAACACCCAACAACGUCGACAACAACUAAGAGAGGAAGAAGGAGAGACAGAGAUUUGUAAUUGAAUAAAGUGUAGCAGUAAUCUGUAAAUCUGUGAUCUGGGUUUUGCUAAUUUGGGUUGAUAAUAGCCAGUAUGAGAAAGAGGGAGAGAGAAAACCCAUGUUUGAUUUGCGGCCAUUACCACAAGUUUGAAGAAGGCGAGGUUUGUGGGAUUUGCGGCCAUCGAAUGCCUGAAACUUCUGAAAAAAGUUCUGUUCAAUCGGGUGCUUUCCCUUCUGAGAUCUUGCCUGAUUUUCUCUAUCUUGGUAGUUAUGAUAACGCUUCUAGGUCUGAGCUUCUUAAGUCUCAAGGAAUUUCCAGAAUUCUCAACACCGUCCCUUCUUGUCAGAAUCUCUACAAAAAUUCGUUUCUUUACCAUUCCCUUCAAGAUGACAAAAGCUUACAGUUUGAUGAUGCAAUCCAAUUUUUAGAACAAUGUGAAAGGGAGAAGAAACGUGUUCUUAUACAUUGUAUGACGGGAAAGAGUAGAUCACCAGCUGUAGUUAUUGCUUACUUGAUGAAAUGCAAAGGAUGGAGACUUGCACAGAGUUUCCAAUGGGUGAAAGACCGGAGAUCAUCUGUUGAGCUUACUCAAGUCAUCUCCCAGCAAUUGCAGGAGUACGAGCAAAAGGUAUUUGGAUGUAAUGAGAAUGUAGUUCCAGCGGAGUCUUUUAGCUUUGGGUUCGCAAAGAAUGAUGGGGUUGCUGUACCAGCUUUCAAUACAGGCACUGCUACCUCCAUCUUUGACCGUCCUUUAGAUGUUCCUUCUCAACAAUUUGCCUUCGGAGCUGCUGCUCAACCCAAUCCAAAUGUCGGUGAUGUUUCCAUGGGUGGUCCUUGAUUCCACAACUUGUUGAACCUUCUUUUUUUUGUGAUAUCAAAGCAAGCUUCGUUUAGACAUCAAAAGCAUCCUGUUGUUGUCUUUACAUUUGUUGCCUUUUUUGUUUGAAGUCGAAACCUUCUGGUGUAAAGCUUUGGACUGGUUCACUGCUGCUAAUGCUAUAUAGAUAAUACCAAUGUUGUUCAAA